AUGUGGGCACUGUUGGGGAGGUUCCUUGUGGCGCAAGCGCCGGCUCGGCGGAUAGUUCUUCACACCGAGUCCGCGGCUGCAGGUGUCUUCACCAUAGCUCACGUUACCAUGGCCACCCACUUCUCCAAGGAUCAGGAGGAGAGAAUCAAGUGUGUUAAGGGGGACCUUUUCUCAUGCCCCCAGACGGACUCACUGGCUCAUUGCAUCAGCGAGGACUGUCGCAUGGGUGCAGGCAUAGCUGUUCUUUUUAAGAAAAAGUUUGGAGGCGUACAAGAGCUGUUAGACCAACAGAAGAAGACUGGGGAGGUGGCAGUUCUCCAAAGAGAGGACCGAUAUAUUUACUACCUGAUUACAAAGAAGAAGGUUUCUCACAAACCGACAUACGAGAACAUGCGGAAGAGUUUAGAAGCCAUGAAAGCUCACUGUCUAAACAAUGGAGUUACUGACAUUUCCAUGCCUAAGAUUGGAUGUGGACUUGACCGCUUGGAUUGGAGUAAAGUUUCGGCAAUACUUGGAGAAGUGUUUGAAGACACAGAUAUAAAGAUCACAGUUUACUCUCUGUGA